CCGCCCUUUGUGUACAAGCCGCGGAUUUUUGAAAAUAACUGGCGAUAAAAACCUGAGACUGUAAUUUGGCUGCACUUAACGACAUUGACAUCAGAACGCCAUAAUGUCCAUCACCGACCCAAACAUGAAUGACAGGUUUACUGGUGAGCUGGAGGAGAUCCUCAAUACACACCUUAAAGCAUAUGCAGAGAUAAUCGAAACAACUGCAGAACUAUCUCAGUCCCACAGGCAAUUUGUGAAGUCAGCACAUGAUGCAUGUUUGAAGAAAUGUAAGGAUGAUGAGAAGCUAUUCGAGACAAUACAGGUGUUCAAAAAAGACCUGGAACAGAAAAAUGUGUUGAUAAAGGAGAAAAGGCGUGCCAUAUCCGAGGCCAUGUCAGAAGUUCAGGAGAAGGGGAUGCAGAAAGAGGACAUCAUUCAGAAAAUUAACAAUCUUAAAGAAGAACAGGCCAAGAGGAAGAAGUUAAUAGAGUCUCAAUAUAAAGCAAACAAAGACAAAUUGAAGAAUCUGCAGAAAGCCAGACUGGUGUUUCAGGAUCAUUUAGGUUUGGAGAUACGAACUAUCCAUGACAAAACACAGCUGGCCAAAGGUGAAAAGUUGCAGUUUGUUUUCCGGAACAUCAACCCGAAAGAUCAGGACUGUGCUUACAUUAUCACAAUGGGGAUUAAAGAAAAUGGAUCAUAUGAGAUUGUGUCCAGUGACCCUGUGCUCGAGUGUCUGCCAGACCUGGAAAGCCGGCUUCAGGAGACCAACAAUCUAGCAGCAUUCCUCGCAAAUGUCAGGAAGGAGUUUGUCGCUGUGGCACGCUGCUGAGAUCAACAGCACAAUGUAAAAAAUAUAUAAAAAAUACCACGUUUAUGUGUUAUGUUUUAAUGUUUUCACUGCAAUAAAAUAAAAAAAAUUAAAAAA